UAUGAAAAUGGAUAAACCUGCAGUAGAGAAUAGUGAAACCACUAGUGAACUGGCUGAACCUGUAAUAGGGAAUAGUGAAAUUAACAGUAAACUGGAUAAACCUGCAAUUGAGAAUAGUCAAGCUAUUAGUAAAAAUGAAAAUAUAGAGGAGAUAAAUGCUUCACAAACAAUUGAUAUUUCUAAAAAUGAAGUAUCUGAUGAAAAUGAUUUUAUUAAAGUAAUGAAAUAUGUGCCAAAUGUUCAAUUUGAGACAAUUGAAAAUGCUACUAAUAUAGAAGAAAUUGGUGAAAUAGAUUGGUCAUUAAAAAUAGAAGAAGUUAUCUAUAUCAGUGAAUUUCUACCAGCUGAUGACUCUGAUGUUGGAGAGGAUGAAACUCUUAAAAUAAAUGAGAAUGAAAAUGAAGAAGGUAAAGAAAUGUCAAAAAAAAUUGUAAAUAAUUCAGAAGAAACUGCAGGAAAGCCAGGUAAUAGAAAUGAUGAAAAGGAAGAGAAAUCACAGCAACAACAUACUAAUCAGGAAGAUGUAGCAAAGAAGGCAUUAGAUUUGAAAAAGGCAUAUGAAGAAAAAGAUUAUAAAAAGUUAAAAGUAGCUAUAGACAAAGCUUCUGUUAAACCAAUAAAUCCUUUAUUAAUUAAAGAUUUAUCAAAAGCUAAUGAAUUAAAAGCAAAUUUAGAAAAAAUUUGUGGUUUGCAAAACAGGAUUUUAAAACUUGAUGCAAAAUGUAUUGCAGAAUUAAAUCAGUAUAAUCAACCACCUGCUGUUGUACAUCUGGUUAUAAAAUCAACAUUAUUGAUUUUAUCAAUUGAUGAAGGACAAACUGAUGAAUGGAAAGAAUGUCAAGUUUUUAUUAAAUAUGCAUGCUCUUAUUCUAUUUUAAAGAAAAUUAAAGCUCUUAAAAUCUUAACUGUAGAUCCAGCAAUCAUUCUCAGAGCUGAACAAAUAAUUUGUGAAUUAAAUCUGCAAGAAGUCAAGGAGGCAAGUGCAGGUGCAGCAGCAUUCUAUUUAUGGUGUAAAGAUAGUAUUGAACUAGUAUUGGAGAGUGCUGAUAAAACUGCUAUAGAUUAG